GCCCUGCCCUGCCUGCCCUGUGGUGGUGCUGGGGGCUAGGGAACGAGCUCAGUCCAGUACCUACUGCUCGACUGCGGCAAAGUACUGUAGACGCUGAGAUUCUGCUAAACAAGGCUCAGCCUGCGUUCACCCUCAAAACAACUCCAACCCUGGCCUCUUGUGUUUUUUCCCUUAUCUCCAUUCUACCUAAUUCAUCCAUCUCGCUUCCACUGUGGCGUCCUGUCUCGCGCCUAUUUCUUAUUUAAUCUUCCCCAGUCGCUACCUACCCAAUCAAGGUCUGCGUAUAUCGUCAUCUAUACACACCACCACCCUUCUAGGCCCGCAGCCUGCCCAAUUCAAUCUUCAUCCCAUUGUCAAACCCUCUUUUUGAGGCAGUCUCUACUGCUUGCCUCCGCUUCCAAUGCGUGAGGUAAAAACUUGCCACCGCUGCAGGCAUUUCAAGCGCCGCUGUGAUCUCGAGAAGCCGUCAUGCUCCAGAUGUGUACAAGCUGGUGUUCGAUGCAGCUUCGACAUCAACCAGGUUGUUCCUCUUAGGGAUCCUGUUGUCUCUAAAAAGGUUGCCAGCGUCCCUACAACAGCAGAUUAUGUUACUGCCAUGAUGGCCAACGGACCGCCUCAGCAUAUGGACCACGGAUUACCCAUGCAGGCGUACUCUACAUACCCAAAUGAUGCGGCCUUCUUUGCAUCGUUUGGAUCCAACGACACCAUGAUCCGCCCGGAUGGACUGAUAUCACCAACAAUUACAUCGGAAAGCCCAGAACCGCAGCUUUUCCCACUUCCUGAUAACUCUCGCCUGCUUCAUUCCCCACACUCCUCCAACGUUUCCACCACAACCAGGGUGAUCCGCAAACGCAAGCGAAACUGUCUCAGUUGCCAUAGAUGCCACCGUCUAAAGGUCAAGUGCGACAAGGAACUGCCUUGUAGCAGGUGUCAAAACAGUGGGAAUGGGAGCAACUGUUACUACAGUCCAACCAAGGAGUCGGAUCCCAGUGACAACAAGUCGCCCUCCAAGGCUAGGUCCAUACCCAACAUGGCUCUUGAUCCUUCCAAGAGAGAAGAAAGCCCAACUGGAGUUGUGACUGAAGAAUGGCAAAUUGCCUAUAAAGACCGUGGCGCCGGCCAUUGGAUGGAUCUUAUUGGAAGAAUUAGACAAUUUUCAGGCAACAACGAGCGUCUCAUACAAGCGUUGUUCGCAAACGCAGGCACUGACAGAUGCAUGUCUCGCGUCAACCUCCCACACAACUUUCCUUUUGGCGGUUUAGAAGCCACCAAGUACUACAGCAGAGAGUCCAUCACUCGGCUUAUUGAGAGUCAGCGUAGCAAGUGCGCUGCUUUUAUCGAAAGCUACUUUGAGCUGUGGGAUACCAUCAACCCGGUUGUGGAUAGACAAAUCUUUUCGCAAGAAGUUGAACGUUAUUGGCUAGACCCUGCGUCUGCAGACUUUAGCUGGCUGUCACAGUUCCUCAUGGUUCUCGGCAUGGGCUGCUUCGGCUUGUCUGAUGAGCCCCCAGAGGCUAUAGAGCUCAUGGUUGCCGCUGGUGCUUGCUUAAUGCAAACAAAGUUUAUGCUUCGACCGAACUUAUUAGAUGUCAAAGCAUUAUGCAUCAUGGUUUUGGCCAAGGUGGCGUGCAACCCUGUUUGUUGGGCGCAGGAUUCAUGCUGGGCUCUGCAAGGUACGCUUAUGCGUACAGCUCAUAUUCUCGGUCUACCUGAUGAAGGUGUCACUGGCGUCACAUCGGCAAGAUCGCCUGCCGAGAUGAAGGCCUUCAAGAAACUUUGGUUGACCAUUAUGUUCAUGGAUAUUAAAUGCGCCCUGUGUGUCGGUAUGAUGCCACAAACACUACCAGAAUAUCUCAUUGGAUACACUGCCGACUCACCAGACUGGGGACCUGAAGACAGUAUGCAAAGGGUGCUGUGCCAGGCCCUGCCGACAGUGCUACAGGUGGUAAUAGAAAUCAACUCAAAGGAGUUUCGACUUUCGUAUCCUGAUGUGCUGCGAUACAACUCCAAGCUUCGCGAGCUUAUGAUUAUCGCUCAACAGACUUGCAUUAAUCCUACACAAAGGAUUCUGACAGAUCUUCUGCUUCGUCAGUGCCUAAUGGUGCUGCAACGCCCAUACGCCAUGCACAAUGACGGACCGAGAUUGUACCCUGAUUCUUACUGGGGUUCGCUCGAGUGCGCCAUGGCACUGCUGAUGCACUUUCGCGAGUUCUGGUGCGAUACGACACAUAGACGCAUGGACCUCGUCGGCCGCCCAUUCAUUGUGGACAUUUUCACGGCAACACUUACAGCAUACGUGCAUGUCCUACGUGCCGAAGCGCCACUGUCCGACACCACAGCCAAAAAUAUGGCGAUCCCUCCUCGGCAGAUCAUCUUCGACCUGCUCUCUAGCUGUGUCGAGAUUUGGGCAGCGGAGGAUCAUCGAAGUUAUUGCUGGCACGUCGCCAACCAACUACACCAAACUGUGCUAUCGCUGAUUCCUACCGUGUCCGAGAUACCCUUCCAGCUGUCUCUGCAUACCCCUAUACACCAUGGUAAUAUUUUCAUGUAAAUUUGUAUUAUAUUUCUUUUGGAUACGGCGUUAGUUUUUCUAUUGGGUUUAUCUAGCGAUGCAUUACAAAUAUACACAUCUUGUGAUUGCCUUUGAGGGCGCGUAGCUUUGACCAUGCAUUUUAAUGAAUACCAUAUUGUGAAACUCGUACCUUGCAUAUAAGGCCCCCUUAUCUAAACGGUGCAUCUGACCAUAAUAAGCAGAGCGCAGGGACGUCUUUCUUUUGAUAAGCAUACCGCACAC